CAUGGCUGAAACUAUCAACAAGUGCAGAAGAAUCCAUGUCAAACUCAUCUUUCUUCUCUUCUUCAUCUUCAUCUUCUUCAUCGUGCAUGCAGGAGGAGCAAACCAGGGGCAAACAGAGUCUGCACAGAGCAGAAUGUCAGUUACAGAUGCUGCCAAGACUCUGUUUUCUCUCCCCACCACCAUUUCCCCAUUCACCUGGUUCCACAAGCUCAAGUCACUCUUCAUACAUCCCCCAAACCUAGAUUUCCGUGAAGGGUCGGAAGGGGCGGCGGAGAAGGUUAAGGAGGCGGUGGUGAAGAGUUUGGAUAAGAGCAAGUCAACAGUUGAAGAAUCUGCUAAAACCGCUGCGGAAUUGGCGGAGGAAGCUGUGGGUAAGACUGUAAAUAAGCUGUCAGGUAAAGGGGAACAACACCACACUGCUGAUCAUGAACCAGAACUCUGAUCUGAUCAAUCAACUUCUUUUUUUUCUCGAAACCCUUUUCGUAUUACUGUAUUAUUAUGUGUUGCUAUUGUUAUAUGUGUACACACCUGAAGAAGUUGGUUAACUCCAUUCCUCAUGCUUUAAGAACACAAAACCUACUAGACAAUGCAGAUAUGAACCAAAAUAAAAGAAACAUCGUUUUAUUCGACUCGAUUGGCAUUAGUUGAUUCGAUCUCCGAUGGUUGAUCUGUAAAGCAAACUAACGGAUCUAUCUGCGUUUAUUAACAAAAAAGAAAAAUGAAAACAAUGCAACUAA